AUGAACAAUGUUGUCAAAAAUAUACAGCCAGAGAAAAAGAAAAAGCGAGGACACUGUAAGAAAAAUGAAAUAGAGCAAGAUGUUCUGUUGAAAAGGGCAGCUACUUUAAUGUCUAAACCUAUAGAUGAGUUCCAAAUUUUUGGAGAUUUUGUUGCAAAACAUCGAACAAUGCACUACAACACUCAGGAACAAUCGCCGCAAUUGUACAUACAGGGAUUCGGAAUAAGUACAUUAACGAAUGAUAUGAAUCACCUGCAACAAUUACGCUGAAUGAGGCUACAUGUAAAAAUAUAUUUGAUAUAAUAUCCUGAAC